AUGGCGGACAUUGGCAUCAUUACUUGGACCAGUUCCCCGAAGUGCAAUGUGGGUCUCUUCGCGCUGGAGAAGGAUGGCGGUGCAGCCCAGAGGUUGAUCGUCGACGCCAGGCGGGCCAAUGAGUGCUUUCAGGCGCCGCCCGGGGUGUCGCUCCUGAGUUCGGAGGGCCUGUCGAGAAUAGAGGUGGAGCUGCCCGCUAGCGCGCCGCUGGGGUCCGAACAGGCCGCGAAGUUGUUGGAGGACUUCUGCCUCUCGAUCGGCCUCUCGGACGUCUCGAACUGUUCCCGCAGGUUGCGCGUGCCAGCUUGGCUGUCUGACUAUUUCUGCCUCCCUCCUGCGCCGGCUCACGUGAUGGGUGCGGCGGGCAGUAACACCGUGCUGGGCUGUGCUCCCCAUGGGCUUCACCUAUGGAUCGCUCAGAUGAUCAACGAGACCACCGUGACCAAGGUGACGCCCUCUCUGCCUGGACCCCCUCUGCGCGAUCGCGGACCGCCGCUGGUGGUGAGACCUGCCCUGGGGGAGGAAUUCAACGCGCUCAGCCACUAUGUGUAUGUAGACAGCCUCGGAGUGAUAGGCGCCUGUGAGGCCGCAGUUGGCGACGCGCUCGAGCAGCUGCUGCUGCGCAAGUCGGAGCGCUCGCACGGCGGCAUCGUCGCGCUCGCCACGGAGCUCGACGGGGCGGCGCUGCGGACGCGCGUCGCGCCCAAGCGAUUCUGGAACAUAUACCAGGCUUUGGGUGCGCUGCUGCGGCGCCGGCGGGCCAGCGCGUGGGCGCUCGAGGUCGUCUUGGGGCACUGCGCGUUUGCCGCCUUGUGCUGCCGAGGCCUGCUCAGUGUUUUCCAUUCGGUGUAUGCCUUCGUGGAGCGGGGCCGCGCCUCAGGACGGGCAGAGCCGCUGUGGGGCGAGUGCCGCUCCGAAUUACAGGCCUUCAGGUCGCUAGUGAUCUUCAUGUUCAGUGACUGGCUCCUAAGCUGGAACGACCUGGUGGUCCAGACCGACAGCGGCCUUGAGGGGCGCGCUGUGGCGCAGGCGCUCUGGCCUUUGCAGGCCGUACGCGAGGCUCGGCCGAGCGAGGGCCAGCUGGGGCUCGAGACGCUGGCCAGCCAGAGGAAGGCCACCUUGCGGCCGCCAGGCGUCCAGCCGGCGCUGCGCGGCAGGCUGAGUGGCAGUCGCCGCGGAAGGGCUCCCUCCGACAACGAGGAUCGCCUGAAGCCCGCGCCCAGGCUGGCAGACGUCGGCGAGAGCAGCAGCACCAGCGGCGAGGGGGGGCCAGGGCCUGGCGCCGCGCUGGGAGCAGCGCGGAAGCGCGCGGGCCGCCAGAGAGGACGAGAGCAGGUGAUCACCGUCCUGACGGCCGCGGCCAGGGGCGCCCACCGCUCCCCCAGCGGGAGCUCGGUGGCGCUGGAGGUGCUGGGGCGAUGCCGGAGCCGGUCGGCGGGCUUCGACUCUUCGGAGGGAGAGCGCCCGCGAGUGCACGGCGAGCUGGUCGACGGCAUGCGAAUAGGGUACCUCAGUUUGCUCCUCUUCAUGAGCCGGGGCGCCGGCGAGGGCAUUCAGAUCCUUGCAGGCCUGAUGUUUUCGACGGCGGAGCUCUCGAGGGCUGGCCGCUGCGGGCCCCCCCAGGCCUGCCGCUGCCGGAGGGUCUGGCGGCAGGGGCCCCCCGGCCGCAGCUGGCGCAGCUGGUCUCUGACGGUGUGGGCUGGAGUGGCCAGGAUGUUGGCCGGCCCUUUCCCUCUGCAGGCCUCGGUCCUGUGGUCGGUCUCGCUGGGCAGCCGCUGGGGGGCGAGCAAGCUGAUGAGUCUCAAGGCGCGUGGUACGAUUGCGCCUGCAGGUGGCAUCUCCCUUUCUUGGAGCCUGCUGUUCUCCCUCUCACAGCGGAUCGAGCGGAGCAGUGCCGCCCGCAGCGACGUCAGCAUCGAGAGGGGCUCGCCGCUCUUGCGGUUCAUAAGGCCCGUCCAGAGAGUGAUGGCCGAUGGGCCGAAGGACCAGGUGGUUCGGACGUUCACGUAUCUCCAGAGUCUCCGGAAGCCGAACUUUUCGCGGGGCGAGCCGAGCAUCGCAGAGGCGAUAGUGCAGCACCCGAGGCGGCACGUGGGACCGUCGAUCGACAUCUUCGGGCAGCAUCGGACGGGGCCGGAGGCCCAGCGUCGCGGACAGGGUGGAAGCAUCGUGAGUGUCCAGCGGUUCGACGAGGACGUCAGGUUGGCGAGGAGUUGGGAGCUGCUCCCAGACAGGAGAUCCCAGCUGCUGGAGGCAUGCGGAGCAGCGCUCGAGGACAUACCACCCGGCAGACCGCACGGCGUGGCGCCCCAUUGGCGGGGCAUUUCAAGGGUCGCUACAUCCUCGACCUUUAUGCGGGGACUGGUGGCGUCGCGCGGGCCGCUGUCCAGCAAG